AUGGCAUCCAUCAAGACGUCCUUGCUCUGCCUCCCACCAGACCUCACUCGCCGGUUCAGCAGCAAGCGCAAGGGCUACGACAUGGGGCCCGGGAGCACCGCCGACGAAGAGGACGAAGGCGGCGCGGCGGACGACACGCGGCAGUCGGUGCGUUCCUCCACUACGAACUCCAUGACCGUCCCCCAAAUUCCGUCCGCGCACUCGCUCCACGGCGCGCCGUUGCUCUCCUCGAUCUCCUCCGCUAAGGGCUCGACGUGGAGCCGCCGGAUGAGCAACAACCUCUUCGGCUCGGGCAAGUUCCGCGACCAGGCCUACCUCCUCCGCACCGCGGGCUCGCCGACGUCAGGGUCGCCGCGGCUCCACGACCGGCGCAUGCGGCCUACAACCCCCGAAGACAGCUCCUACACGUUGUCGGGAUCUGCGCCGUCCAGCCCCGGUAACGUGAGCACGAAUUCCAACAACCGGGCCAUCAUUGAAGACACGGAGUACUCGAACAUACUCGCCAAACGACUCUCCAGGGUAUUGUCACCGGAAGGUUUCAGACGGGCGUCGCCGGCGUUCGACAAGGCAAUACGGGAGUUGGAGGAGGAGGGUGACGAAAAAAUUGUUAUGGAGCGGUCGCCCAUCACCCACGUUCCGCCGAGCCAGAUAAUAAAUGGGCCUCUCAGCGCUGCGCUGGAGCCCGAACAGUCACCCAUAUCCUCCCCAGCUGAUGUCGACACCGGGACUGCACUGUCCUUUGACGACCUCAUGUCAGCAGAAGAUGAUCGCUCUUUGCCUCACCCUGCCUCCAGGACGACAUCGCCUACGCCACGUUUGCCCGACUACACCCCUGGCAUGCUGCGUCCAAUGACGCCGAGGGGGGCAACUUUCGACUCAGAAGAUCUCACUCCCUCCACCACGCCCCGCGCCAACACUCCUCGCCUACCAGGCAUCAAUACCCAACCCCAAAGCAUUGCGUCGAGCUUUCAUAGGCACAAUCCCAGUACGUCUUCUUCAUAUUCCGGCACGCGCUCGAAGUACCCCGCUACCCCCUCCACGGCACCUUUAUUCUUCAACCGGUCAAUGAACGGUCGUUACACUCCGGAAGAGCGUCAAGGGGGCAGCCUCGGCAACAAACCAGGUUCUCCCACAAAGGACUCCGGAGCCGAGUCACCCGUACUAGGCCGGCGCCGGCCCAUGUCGCCCCUUUCGGGUCCUUCCUUUCAACCUAUAUCAUCCUCUCCCCCCUCCCGCGCGACGACACCGUCCAACAUCACCUGGCACGCACCCGUAAGUCCCAACGGGACUCCACAGAAGUCGCAGCACACCCGCGGCCACAGUCGGAACAACAGCUCGAUCAGCAUCAGUGACCAGACUUCGGAGCUCGAGCAGUCAAAGUCCCAGACAUCCCAGGCCACCUCACGCUCGCUCCGGUCGCCCGCACUCCCGGACUCACCCUGGGUGGACGGCGGUUACACCAACUAUGCCGACAUCCUUGACCGCCCCGAGUCCGCCAUGUCUGGUAUGAGCCUCGGCUCCCCAAUGCAGACGAGCACUCCGCUCCGGACCACGACACCAACCAACAACGGCACGCGGUCCCCGACGAAUGCAGUCUUCGCCGACGCCAGCAUCACCCCUGAGGGUGCACGGAGCUCACGGCGGUCGUCGCGGCAGACGGCACACGCAAGCACGAGCACGUUCUCGCUUGGGUCCGUGCCAAACGCGCUGCUCUUCCCUCCGCUCGCCAAUUCCUCUCGCCCGUCCCUCGAAUCCGCCGGCUCCAGCUACCAUACGUGGGACGAGGAUCACAAGGCGGAUCGGCUCCAUGGCCUCUUCUCCGCGUUCGAUCCGGACGCGUCGCCGUGGCAUGACGUCGGCGCGACGUCGACUGCGGGCACGUACCCGUACGACGCACCCGAGACGGAAGAGGCUGUCAAGCGCGAAAUCGGGCUUUCGAAGAGCGACUUCGCCGCCAUCCAGGACAAGCUCGUCGGCGCUGCCCUCGUGAAGGCGGCCACCCCAGAGAACCGCCGGCCAGGCUCGAUUCGCAGGAGGCGACCGUCAACAUCGCAGUCGAACUACUCGUUCAACGGCGAGCGUACGGUCAACUCAACACCGCAGCCUCCCCACGUUGCGCGCGCGAACGCACUGCUGGACGUGAUGGUCGACAGCAUCGACUCGCCCACGGCUCAGACGGAUGUAAAGCUGCCGCAAGAAGACUCGUUGGAGCUUCCAGCCCCACGACACGGCACCAAGCAGUCCAGCCCGAUGCGGAGGAACCGCGCGCUCGCGGACGCGCUGUUUGGUGCGGAAGACUCGCCGUUCAAGAGCACGUCGCCCGCUCCGCACUGGAUAUCCAUCAUGCCCGACUUCGGAUCUGACGAUGACGACGACGACGACGAGCCUCUGGCGUCCACGCUGUCGCCUACCAAGCCUCUGCAGAUGCAUCAGUAA